UAUCAAAUUUCUUUUUUUCGCUGCCUCGCCGGUCGGUGAUUGAUGAUCGCUGAUCAGUCGAUCGAUCAUUCAUUCAUCAGCAAUCACUCGAUCAUCUGUCGUUGUGUUAGUGUGAAAUUGAUCUAAUUUUAUUACAUGAAGAUUGAAAACUAGAACACUUGAUAUUUUCGAAGAAAGUGCUUGAAAUGCUUGAAUAAUGCUUCCGUUGAUUUAUGAAUCAUAAUUUUAAAAAUAGUUUUCUUCUGUCCAACUGCAUUCAAAGAUGGAGUAUUUUGUGGGUUUAGUCAUAACCAUUCUAACACUUUUUGUAUUCAAUAAUUUCAAGAAGAGGAGGAAAAAUGAAGAGGAAUCCAACAAGGACAUUGAUUUUGACUGGACUCCAGACCCUCUAGUCGACGAAACGAAAUUAAAACCCAAUUCUGUACCUGAAACUCGAUCAUUAAUCGUCAACAGCAAGGUUGGAAAAUGGGUCGAAAUAGAUGGACGUAAAAUGUUGAAUUUCGCUUCGAACAAUUAUUUAGGAUUUAUUGAAAACGAAUACAUUAUCGAAGAAGCCAAACGAUCCAUAUUCAAAUACGGUGUAGGAUCUUGCGGUCCCAGGGGCUUUUAUGGAACUGUCGAUGUACAUCUAGAUUUAGAGUCUCGAUUAUGUAAAUUUAUGAACAUGGAAAGCGCAAUAGUUUACUCUUACGGGUUCUCGACCAUUGCCAGCGCUAUUCCGGCGUAUGCGAAAAAACAAGACGUGAUUUUCGCCGAUGAAAGGGUUAAUUUCGCUAUCCAGCGUGGAAUCGAAGCGUCACGUUCGACAGUAUUUUAUUUCAAACAUAACGAUUUCAGACAUUUGGAAUCCCUGAUUAAAUCCUGGGAUGACUCUCAUCAGGAUAAAAAAUCCAAUUCCAAAAUACGUAAAUUUUUAAUCGUCGAAGGAAUCUAUAUAAACAGCGGUAAAAUUUGUCCAUUGCCUGAAAUGAUAGAAAUUCGUAAAAAAUACCAAUUACGAAUCUUCAUCGACGAAAGUAUUUCAUUCGGAGUUCUCGGUAAAACCGGACGUGGUAUUUUGGAGCACUUCAAUAUCGAUAACGAUGACGUAGAUAUGAUAAUGGCGAGUAUGGAGUACGCUUUAGGCACCGGAGGAGGCUUCUGCGUCGGUAGCACUUUCAUAGUAGAACAUCAGCGAUUAGCUGGAUUAGGUUACUGCUUUUCAGCUUCGUUACCACCUUUCUUAGCUGUCGCAGCUCGUGCCGGAAUAGACGUCCUGGACGAAGAGAAAGAUUUAACGGAUAGAUUAUCGAACCGUUGUAACCAAUUACACGACGCUUUAUCGAGCAGCCCUGUUUUGAAAAUUUAUUUCGAUAUCGAAAGCGACGCUGCAAGCCCUAUUAAACAUUUAUUCUUGAAAGAACCGUUUCAAUUAGACAGUUACGAUAAAGAGAUGAGUUUACUGAACGAGAUAACCUUCUACUGUAAUAAUCGCCAGAUCUUAAUUACCACUGCACACUAUCUCGUUGAUAAAGAAUAUAAACCACCUCGUGCUAGUAUUCGUUUAACCGUCAGCGUUACCACGAACUCCGAAGAUAUAUCUAAAUUAAUUUCGACAUUGGAAGAAGCAGCGAAUGAAAUUUUCACCUGAGAUUUGUUUUUUAAAGAUAAUAAACUUCGUGUUCCGUUUGUUUUUUAAAUUAAAUUUUAUAUUUAAAAAAAAAAUCAUACAAAUUUUUCCAUACCGUUUUAAAAUAAAAAUUAAAAAAUAUAAAUAUAUACAUAACGAAAAAACAAAAACAACACGUCGAUAAUAUGUGUAAAUCGUAAAAAAGAAAAAAAUCAUAAUGUAUUGCAUGAAGGCCUAUUUAUAAUUACACCGAUUAUUCAAGAAGGAGGGUAAACUCGAUAAGAAAAAUACACGUAGUAUUUUUAGAUAAUUUUUAGGUCUUGGUUUUCUAAAUGUAAUCGUGAUAAGUGAUAGAUCAUAUGAUUGUUAAAUUUCAUACGUCAAUUCACUACAGAAAUCUAUUCCGAAAAUACAAAUUAUACUUCUUCAAAAA